AUUUUUAAAGUGAGGGUGCCCAGUAUGAAACCUCGUUAUAGGUGCUGCAACUCAGAAAACAGAAAACGCAGGGAGUUGAUAAGAAAAUUUGCUGCUGAUGAAAAAUCAAUUACACUCAAUCGCAAAAGCUAGAAAACAGUAGAUUGAAGACACUGGAACGCUUCUAUUCAGUUUACUCCAAAAACCAGACCCAAAUAAUUUUUAACAGAGCAAUUUAUUUUUGAGCAACACAAUGGAUGAAUCACAACACAUAGUAGACCAAAACUUCCCACUCUUCAAACCAUCUCUCAAACCCUCCAUAAACCAUUCACCCGCCGCCACAAUUAUCCCUCAAAACGACGUCGUUACCCAUGAAAACCCUAACUCCAUCACCGAAAACACCGCCACUUUCUCCGAGCUCGGCUUAUCGGAAUGGGCGGUGAAGACUUGCAAGGAGCUCCGAAUGCGAACUCCACGCCGCGUGCAGCAGUACUGCAUCCCGAAGAUUCUAGAAGGCCGUCACGUGAUUGGAAUCGACGAGACCGGCAGUGGUAAAACAGCUGCGUUUGCGCUUCCUAUACUCCAGCGCCUAGCUGAACAUCCGUUUGGUGUGUUUGCACUCGUGGUGACGCCCACUCGCGAGCUUGCGUUUCAGCUGGCCGAGCAGUUUCGGGCUCUUGGAUCCUCACUCCGCCUCCGUGUUGCGGUGAUUGUCGGUGGUAUGGAUAUGCUUAGACAGACUAAAGAGUUGGUCGCCAGGCCUCACCUUGUUAUAGCUACUCCCGGAAGAAUCAAAGUCUUGCUCAAGGAUAAUCCUGAAAUCGCUCCUGUUUUCUCCCGGACUAAGUUUCUUGUCUUGGAUGAAGCAGAUCGGGUCCUGGAUGUUGGGUUUCAGGAGGAAUUGAAAUUUAUCUUUCAGUGCUUACCAGAAAACCGGCAAAACCUAUUCUUUUCUGCAACCACAACUAGUAAUUUGCAAAAGUUGCGUGAGCGUUAUCAAGAUAAGCUGUAUGCCUUUGAGGCUUAUGAAGGGUUUAAGACAGUUGAAAAGCUUACCCAACAAGCUGUAUUCAUCCCUAAAAAUGUGAAGGAUGUAUAUUUGUUGCAUAUCUUGUCUAAAAUGAAAGAUAUGGGAAUUCGGUCUGCCAUUGUCUUUGUCUCCACUUGCAGAGAUUGUCAUCGUUUAAAUUUAAUGCUGGAAGUACUUGAUCAAGAAGCUGCAGCUCUAUAUUCAUUCAGAUCACAGGCUCAGAGGCUGGAAGCACUUCAUGAAUUUAAAUCAGGAAAGGUUCCUAUAUUACUAGCAACUGAUGUUGCCGGCCGCGGUUUGGAUAUUCCUACAGUUGACCUUGUUAUUAAUUAUGAUGUUCCAAGGAUUCCACGAGAUUAUAUCCAUCGUGUUGGUCGUACUGCAAGAGCAGGUAGAGGGGGACUUGCUCUGAGCCUUGUCACCCAGAAUGAUGUUGAUCUCAUUCGUGAAAUAGAGGCCCUUAUUAAAAGGCAACUUGAUAUGAUUGAAUACAAAGAAAAUGAGGUGCUUUCUCUCAUGAAAAAGGUUUUCAGUGCUAAAAAUGUCGCAAAAAUGAAGAUGAUAGAUGAUGGCUUUGAAGAGAAAGCAAAUGAGCGGAAAAAACAGAAACUGAAAAUGCUAGAAGAAAAAGGAUUAUUAAAGCAAAGUAAGAGAAAAAGAAAUAAAGAAUUUUCAAAGAAAGGAAAUAAACAUGAAAAAGUGGAAGUGGAUGCAUCAGCUGAUAUAGUCUCACUAAAGAAAAGGAGUAAGAGAUAGUAAAUUAUUAUACCUAGGAAUCAAUUCUUAGAAUAAUAGUUUCUCUUAAAGCCGAAAGGGAUUUUGAAGAGUGGAGUGCUUCUUAAUAAGAUACAAAAAUGAAAGACAGAAAAGUCGAGAUAUAUUUUGAAGAAUUGGACAGAGAGGAGCUAAAUCGUAGUAGUUGCAUAUAGUCUGUAUCCGAAUCAGAAGACUGCAGAUUUUGAUUUGCUGCAUCAGAAGAUUGUAUAUUUUGGUUUGGAGUAAUCCUGAGUUUAAUCCAUCAAAUAGAUUAUGCAAAUGACGUGCAAUUUUGGCUAAUCAUGAUACUACUGAUUUUGACUCAUUAAAUUAUUAACAGUGUUUUCCCCUUAGAAUUAUGUUAUAUUUUUUGUGGUUUUGAUUGUAUAAGAUUAUGGCUACUAUUUUUUUGGGAGAUCAUUAUAAUGAGAACAAAUAGGACCAUUAAAAGGACUUCAAGUGAA